GCUAGGAGGCGCUCGGAUCGAUGGCACUCGGGAGUAUUGGCCCGCACAUCGUAGGAACCCAGACUGACGGAACGGACGGCGUAUCUGUUCAGAAAGAGUUGCACUGUUCCAGUGGCCAGUGGUGCGUAGAGAAGUGACCCAAAUUCCAACUCCAACUGGUGUCGCUUCCCUCCAGCUCGACAUACCCUGCAGGAGGGCGAGGACGUGGUCAACACGAGCUGCCUACCUUAGUGUACUGCCUACCUUAGUCAACCAAACCAGAAUGUUAGUAGAAGCGUUUUACAAUAGACCACACGAACAAUAACCCAUUUAGUGUCAGUUUCAUUGUGAAAACUAUGUGCCUACCUCUGCCCACUAUCAUGUACAACCGAUCCGCUGAACCUAUAUGCCUGUGGUAGUGAUACUGCUGGCGAAGCGACAGCUAGUGUACGUUGGUGUGCGCGAAAGGUAUAUCCGUGCUCAUCGUUCGCACACGUACAUCGCGAUGGAAAAGCUUUCUCACAAUGGCGGCACCACCGACAAAGCUCGCCCCGAUUGCUGAGCGUGCGGUUGUGUGAGUGUAGUGCGGAUGCGUAAGGAUUGCGUGUUCGCAAGAACGCCCUAAAGUGUAUGGGUGUGUGCGCGUGUGAAAAUGUGUAUGUGUGUGUGCGUGUGUGUGUGAGUUUGUGUGUGUGAAUGGAACAAAUGGAAGAUACCAGGAUAGCAGGAAGGAUGCUGUUACGCUUGGGACCAACAGCAUUACCAAGUUGUGGAUGAGAGACGCAACGAGGGGAUAGGAGUGCAACAAUCAUGCUGAUAUGCGAAGUGGGACAGUAGCGCACAGUAUCGGUCGCUCGUUGCAGCAGCAACAGCAGCAGCAGCAGCAGCAGCAGCAACAGCAACAGUAGUUGCAGAUGACAAAGCAACAGUACUUCUGAAAAGUGAUAGUAGAUGCGACGUGUUCGCAGCUCGUGCCUUUUUCAGUGAGUAGUUUUUGGGACAACCGUCAGCAAACACUUGUCUCCCACGGUCACACACGGUGCCACCGUUUCGAGUGAGUGAGGAAAGGUGUGAGUGCGUCGUCCGAUGUGUUUAUGUGCGUAGGUGUGUAAGCCACUGGUUCGCUUCCAUGUGUUGGUCCCGGUCGACGUGAAACGGCGGAUUCGUUCCACAUCUUCCCACGGAAUCACGUCCCAAAAGGAGCCGCUCCACACCGAGCGGCAACCCAGCGCUGUAGCGUACCGUCAAGCAAUGGUUCCACUCUAGAACGCGGCUACGAACGACUCAUCCGCUACCAUAGGAGAAUUUGGAAGGAGGACAAGCAGAACAAAUCAUUUAGACGAUGUCCAACGACGCACUGUGGGUGUCUGACGCCAUGUUGGACUCACUCAGUAUGCAACUUCGGGAUGCCGAAGCACGACGAGCAGAAGCAGAACGUGCACACCAGGAAGCUCUGGCACAGCUUAGAGGUAUGUCGUCCGGCAUGGGUAGGAUAAGUGAACCGAUAGAAACGUUGCAGUCCAGAGCCCGCGAGUUGGAGAAGAAGGCUGCGCUCGAAACAGUUCGGUGCGAGGAGCUACAGCUCGAACUAUCAGCCGCGUUAAAAUCACGACCAGGCCGUACGAUCGGCUCUGGCGGCCCUGGUGGAUCAAGCGGUACAAUGCUGGGUGGCCUGAGCGAUAGCAUGACCGGAGUGCGGGGCACCAUCGGCAAUAGCUGCACCGCCGUCACCAAUCCAUCGUCAGCCAAUGCAACGCUCAACAGCAUCGGUAGCAGUGCGUACGGGCACACGGCGAGCUCGGUCACGACCAACACUAGCGCUCUCGAGCGAUCGCUAGCGGCCUCGUAUGGUGGUGGCACGUCUGUGGGCAGUGGAUCCGGAAGCCGUGGCAUCGACGGCAUUGGCAGUAGUAUCGGCCACAGCACAAGCAUCGGCAUGAGCAGUAGCAGUGGCAUCGGAACCGGCAGCACGGGCAACACUGGCGGCAGUACCGUCACCUGGGCGCCCACACCGACCGGCCACCAGCAGGGGACCGAGAUUGAUAGAAUAAUGGCAAAGAUCGAACAGGCACGUUUAUCCAUUGCUAAUGACAAUCGCAUUCUGGCCGAACUCGAGCAUCCACGCACAACUGGACCGAUCAUGUCGUCGGCCCUCGGUACCGGCGGUCUCACGAGCGUUUCGACCAGCCUCGGCCUGUCCUCGCACCAGUCGCACCUACACCAGACGCCAUCGAGCCUGGCAUCGCAGAUCUCUUCCUCGGCAAUGCUGGGCGGUCUGUCCGGGCUGACCGGUGCUACUACCGGGCUCGGUAUGAACUCGAUCGGGCUGGGUGGUAGUGGCCCGGGUACGGGUGCUGGUGUCAGCUCGGCCAUGACCGCCGGCAUCAGCUCCAUCACGGGCGGCGUCAGCUCGAUGGGUGUAACGUCCAGCACCAGCAGCCACGCGUUGACAGACGGACAGUACAGUGGACUGACGUCCUCUACUGGCGGGAGCAGCACUAAUCACUACUCGACCAACGCC